CUCCCGCGCACGCACACACACACGCACACACACAACUGAGAGGCCUUAUAUUACCCCCCCACCCCCAACCACGAGCAUCCUGCCAGCCCCGCCAGCCCAGCCCCCCAUGGACUGAAUGAAGACUGCCUACACCGCCUAUCGAUGCCUCACCAAAGAGCUGGAUGCCUGCGCCAUGAACCCGGAGAUGACAAUGGACAGCCUGGGCACUUUGCAUGGGGCAGCCAGCCAUGAGCAGGACCUGCUGGGCAGCCCCAGCCCGCACCACCCCAGCCGCAGCGCCGGAUCGCUACGGGUCCACCCUCCUCCUUCGCACCAGGACUUAGCCGCUGCCUCUUCUCGCUCGGCCAUGGUGUCCAGCAUGGCUUCCCUGCUAGACGGGGCAGGGGAUUACCGCCCGGAGCUGUCCAUCCCUCUCCAUCAUGCCAUGAGCAUGCCCUGUGACUCCUCGCCCCCGGGCAUGGGCAUGAGCAGCACCUACACUACUCUGACUCCACUCCAGCCCCUGCCGCCCAUCUCCACCGUCUCCGACAAGUUCCUCCUCUCCGGCAAUGUCAGCGGGAGCUUCACCCUCAUGAGGGACGAGAGGGGACUACCGGCCAUGAACAACCUCUACAGCCCCUACAAGGAGAUGUCCGGCAUGGGGCAGAGCCUGUCUCCCUUGGCUGGUACCCCCCUGGGCAACGGAUUGGGGUCCAUCCACAACACCCAACAGAGCCUCCACAACUAUGGGCCUCCCAGCCACGACAAGAUGCUCAGCCCCAACUUUGAUGCCCACACUGCCAUGCUGGCCAGGGGUGAGCAGCACCUCUCCCGGGGGUUGGCGACCCCUCCCGCGGCCAUGAUGUCCCACUUAAACGGCAUGCACCAUCCUGGACACCCUGGCCAUGCUCAGUCUCACGGGCCCGUGUUGGCUUCCAGCCGGGAAAGGCCGCCCUCCUCCUCUGGAUCUCAAGUUAACAACUCCGGGCAGUUAGAAGAAAUCAACACCAAAGAAGUGGCACAACGGAUCACUGCAGAGCUGAAGCGCUAUAGCAUCCCCCAGGCGAUCUUUGCCCAGAGAGUGCUGUGCCGUUCUCAGGGGACCCUUUCAGACCUUCUAAGGAACCCUAAACCUUGGAGUAAACUGAAAUCUGGCAGGGAGACUUUCAGGAGAAUGUGGAAAUGGCUGCAGGAACCCGAGUUCCAGAGAAUGUCAGCCUUAAGACUUGCAGCAUGCAAACGCAAAGAGCAAGAACCAAAUAAAGACAGGAACAAUUCCCAGAAGAAAUCUCGUCUGGUUUUCACCGAUCUCCAGCGCAGAACACUUUUUGCCAUCUUCAAAGAGAACAAACGUCCAUCCAAAGAAAUGCAGAUCACUAUUUCCCAGCAGCUGGGCUUGGAACUUACCACGGUCAGUAACUUCUUCAUGAACGCUAGGAGGCGCAGCCUUGAGAAAUGGCAGGAUGAUUUGAGUACAGGGGGAUCCUCGUCAACCUCCAGCACUUGUACCAAAGCAUGAUUGAAGAAAGGAAUCUAAACUGGGCUCAACUCAACUAUAAAAAAAGAAAAAAAGAAGGAAAGAAAAGAAAGAAAAUAUGGAUUUGUAGUGGGGCCCUUCACUGGUGAUUUGAAAGCACAAUUCUCUUGGAAAGUAAUACUAGUUUAGUUGUAAACACAGGACACUUUUUUAAUGGUUAUUUAGUCAGUUUUAGAAGGCGCAAAUCACAAAUUAAUCACUUUCUACAUAAUACUACAUUCAAAACAAGCUAAGCAUAUCCAAAAUAUAAGUGGGUCAUUCAUUACCCAAUUUUUUUCUGAGAACCAAUGAAGACUUAAUGUAUGUAUCAGUAUUGAAGGUGAUUGGAGUACUUCAGGAUUUCCUAGGGUUGGUAGCUAAAUAGAAGAGGUACAAACAUGUCUGACCUACUUUGUUUUUCAAAUGCUUACACUUGCCAGAUCACAAUAUCCUAAAACUCUCACCCACUACAUGACAUGAGAACUGAGCACAAAUUUUAAAACAUGGAAAUUGUUGAUUCCAAAAACCUGUUCUGUAAUCUCAGGCAUUGUUUUAUUUAGAUGUCUUAGGGAAAAAAUUGAUCCAAUUUUAUGGUUUGGGUUUAUUUUUUAAACUUAUCAGUGAACACUCACAUGGUCUUGGAUCACUAAAAUUCAGUUUACUUGAGCUCAAAGUAUCAAGCACAAAGACAAUAGAUACAGAAAUAGAAUGGUUCCUAACUUGCUACAUCUGUUCUUUUAAGACACUCUAAUGUAUGAAGUAGUUAAUGAAAAGUAUGUGACCACAUAAGCUUCAAGCACAUUUUGCUGUUUGUCACAAAUUCUGUGUUUGUACAUAAUGCAGAUGCACACUCAGGAGGUCAAUUUAAUUGCUACUGUGCAUGGAACAAACACAACACUUUGAGAGAUCUAGAUUUCUUUAGGUAACUAAUGGCCUUUUUAUUCGUUAGCAUCUAGUUUUUCCUUAUCAUUUCAUUGUUACUCAUAUCUAUUUGGGUUAUUUUUAUUGUUACAUUCUAUAUUAGAUUUCCUUGCUAUUUUCUUAGCAGAACCUCCUCCUCCUUCUCCCCCCCAUUUUCAGGAUAUCACUGACCAUUGUACAUGUGCUGCAUAUGAUUUAAAUAUGACAUCAAAAUCUGUCACAUCUCCAUUACCAAUUAACUUAACUUGAAAAAGAACACAGUACACCAAAGAUGCAAUAUAUUGCAAGCCAAAGACAUUUAUAACUUGUUAUUUUUCAUCAUCGUCAUCAUCAUCAUCUUGUGAUUAUUUUAGAAAUCAGAAAGCCUUGCAACCUCAAAAAAAUGUAUAACUAUCAUUUUAGUUUGCUGUACAAUUGAACAGAAAGUGAAUGUUGAAAAAAAUAGCAAAGUCAUGAGUGGAGUAGCAAAGCUAACAUGGCCAUACUAGCUGCAAUUACAGUAGUCUUCAAAUAGCAUAAACAAUCCUUAUCACUAAAAUUGUUAUGGUCACUUGAUGUGCAUAUUUACCAGUGAAUGGCCCCUUUUGAAACACCAACUGAGUGUUCAAAAGCAAGCCAAACGCUGUAAUGAUUCUUUAAAGACACUUGAGACUUUUUUAUGUAACGUAAUCGAAACCUAAGAAACUUUUUCUGCACCUACUUCUUCUGCAACAAACUGUUCCAUUUUAAUAAAAUUUAAAAAAAAACAAGGAAGCACGUCAGGAAACAAACGAACAAACAACACACUGUGUUUUGACAGACAUCUUAGGAAGCAGAUUUCAAAGAAAGGGUUGACAAGAAUGAAAACAAAGUAAAGCCAAUGUGAGUGCUGCUUCAUCUGACAACUCAGUAAUCUUAAAGUUGAAGAUUGUCUUUAAUUUGUGCCUAUGCAGUUUUUUCAAAAGAACAAGGAACAGAGCAACCGAAACCUCAACAGCUACAAUACCAAAGAUGAGGAUUUCUCACUUUUGUUUCAGUUCAUUAUCUCCUCUUGCAUGGCUAAAAUGCUUAUAGCACCAUUGAUCUGUGUAAAGGUAAUCAAUUCUGUUUUGUUGAGCAACAAAAAGGGUAGUUUUUAAUUUU